AUGCGCUCGCUGGGGCAGAACCCCACCGAAGCCGAAUUGCAGGACAUGAUCAACGAAGUCGACGCAGACGGCAACGGCACGAUUGAUUUCCCUGAAUUCCUCACAAUGAUGGCGCGAAAGAUGCGUGACACGGACAGCGAGGAGGAGAUCAAGGAGGCGUUCAAGGUGUUCGAUAAGGAUGGGAACGGGUACAUCAGCGCUGCUGAGCUCAGGCAUGUUAUGACAAAUUUGGGCGAGAAGUUGACCGAUAAUGAGGUGGAUGAGAUGAUCCGUGAAGCUGAUGUUGACGGCGAUGGGCAAAUUAACUACGAAGAAUUCGUCAAGAUGAUGCUCUCGAAGUAA